CCAGACGGUUUUGGUCCUCGUGUUCUCACAAUGGCAAGUUUCUCAUUCAACAACUUCUCGGGCAAGUUUCCUCCCUCCAUUUGCAAAGGAGGGAAACUCACAUACUUGACAGCAAAUGGAAAUAAGCUAGAUGGCCCCAUUCCCGGAAGCUUUAGAAACUGCAGUGGAUUAAUCAGAGUCCGUCUUGAGAACAACCUUCUAGAAGGAGACACCACAGACGCAUUUGGUGUUUACCCAACUCUACAUUUCAUCGACUUGAGUAGAAACCGAUUGUCGGGAAAAUUAUCACCAAACUGGGGAGCAUGCACCAAGCUUACGCACUUCAGAAUAUCAGAAAACAGGAUAUCAGGUGACAUCCCACAAGUUCUUGGAAGCUUAACGUCUCUGCGAGUUCUUAGCCUUUCAUUCAAUGAAUUAUCUGGACCCAUUCCUGUGGAUCUCUUCAAUCCAGCUUCAAAUAUAUACAAGCUGAAUUUGAGCAGAAAUCAGCUCUCAGGGAAGAUACCCACACAGAUUGGAAAUUUAUCACAUCUGAGUGACUUGGAUUUGUCCGAGAACAAUCUUAGUGGGCCUGUACCAGGGGAAAUCGGGAACUGCCAAAGCUUAAUGUCUUUAAAAUUGAGUAAUAACAAGUUAAAUGGAUCAAUUCCUCACCAGGUGGGGAAUCUAGUGGCGUUGCAAACUAUUCUUGACCUCAGUCAAAAUGAACUCAGUGGAGAAAUAUCACCACAGCUUGGGAAUUUAGGAAAGCUGGAAAUUUUAAGCCUUUCUAACAACAGGCUUUCGGGUUCGAUACCUUCUGCUCUAGAGCGUAUGGUAAGUCUUCAAUCUAUUGAUCUCUCAAAUAAUGAACUUGAGGGUCCAGUUCCAGAUGUCAGGGUCUUCAAACAAGAUCCGACUAAGGCAUUGGGAGGUAACCCAGGUCUCUGCAGCGAUGACUUCAAAAUUUUUAAGCCUUGUAGAAUUAACUCUCCAUCUAAUGACGAAAACAGCAAAAAAUGGUUGAAACCGGUAACUGUUGUGGUUGUUCCAAUUGUUGCAGCUUUGUUUCUUCUAUUAAUUAUGUUUGGAGUAUUUCUCUGCUGCCGCACACGAGUUAAUGCAGCCCAUGACUCAGGAGGCAACAGAUCAUUUUCAGCAUGGUACUUCAAUGGGAAUAUAGUGUUCAAGGAUAUUGUUCAAGCAGUAGAAAAUUUCGAUGAAAAAUACUGCAUAGGAAAAGGUGGGCAAGGAAGUGUGUAUAAAGCAAUACUACCGCUAGGUGUAAUUCUUGCUGUAAAGCAACUCCAUAAUUCAGCAACAGGAUCAUCAUCCAAUGAAUACUGUUCUGAGGGAAAAACUCACAUUAAGAGUUUUGAAUCUGAAAUUCAUGCACUAGAAAAUGUACGGCAUCGGAAUAUUGUGAAAUUUUACGGCUUCUCCUCAACGAAAGGUUGCAUGUUUCUAAUUUAUGAGUAUGUGGAAAGGGGUAAUUUGGCAAAUUACUUGCAUGGAGAGGAAGAAGCAAAGAUGCUAGACUGGUCAAUGAGGUUGGACAUAAUUAAAGGUGUGGCUCAUGCUUUAUCGUACUUGCACCAUGACUGCACUCCUCCAAUCGUGCACCGCGAUAUAACAGCAAAUAACAUCUUAUUAGAUUCAGAUUUCACAGCUAAGGUUUCAGACUUUGGGACUGCAAGGUUUUUAAAACAGGACGAGUCUAACUGGACAACACCAGUGGGAUCGUAUGGAUACAUUGCGCCAGAGCUUGCUUUUACAAUUAGGAUGACAGUGCAAUGCGACAUAUUCAGUUUUGGAGUUGUAGCAUUGGAAAUAUUAUUUGGAAAACACCCAGGAGAAUACCUCUUGCAACUACAAUCCAAUAGACAUGAUCUACUUCUCAUUGAUGUGCUAGACAAGCGAUUAACACUUCCCAACAAUACUAUUGCACAAGAGGUCGUGACAGCAGUAAUCCUUGCUUUGGCGUGUGCACGUGUAUCUCCUAUAUCUAGACCGCCAAUGAAUCUCGUGUGUCAAAUGCUCUCGGAACAUGCAUUACUUCCCAUCUAUGAGGAAUUUCAAUUGCUCACAUUGCAGAAACUUAUGAAUACUUUGUAAUUAAGUUCAUCUAGCUAAUACCAACAAAAUAAAAGAACGUUCAAAUCUUUUUUAUUUGAUUUGUAUCUGCCUAAUUCGAG